AUGAAAAUAGAUAAGGCCCUCAAUGAUCUUGGGGUAAGUUUCAGUCUAAUGCCUCUAUCAAUAUGUCAAAAGCUGGAGGUCGGAGAACUGAAACCCAUAACAAUAUCACUGCAAUUGGCUGAUCGAUCAAUUAAAUAUUCUGUUGGCAUCUUAGAAAACAUUCCUAUCAAAGUAGGCAAAUUCUUCAUCCCAGUUGAUUUUAUUGUCUUGGAGAUGGAAGAGGAUGUCCAAAUCCCUAUCAUCUUAAGAAGACCUUUCUUGGCAACCGCCGGAGUUAUCAUAGAUGUUAAGAAUGGGCAGUUUACUCUCAAGGUAGGAGAUGAAGAGGUGGAAUUCAACCUGUUCAACAUGAUGAAGCACAAACUCGAACCUGAUGAAUGCUUUAUGGUUGAUAUAGUUGACAAGCAAGUUGAAGAGGAAUUUCAUAAAGUAAAUCCUUAA